AUGGACUGUUUAAUUCAGAUGCUGUUUCUUGGUUUCAAAAUCAUUUUUUUGGCGGGGCAAGAAGGCAUCUGUACAAAAAUUAUUGGGGGUCAUGAGGUUGAUCCUCAUUCUCGACCAUAUAUGGCUUCUAUCCAAAUGAACAAACAACAUGUUUGUGGAGGAGUUUUGAUUGCACGAAGUUGGGUGCUGACUGCAGCACACUGUGAAGAAAAUUGGAAAUAUCAGGACAUUCAAGUGAUAUUGGGGGCUCAUUCACUUUCUAAGAGGCAAGAAGAGAAACAACAAGUAUUGAAAGUGAAGAAAUACUUCCCUUAUCCAGAAUUUAAUUGGAAUAGAAAAGAAAAUGACAUCAUGCUGAUUCAGUUGGCCAAUGAAGCUAUUAUGAGCGAGCAUGUGUCAAUCCUGAAGCUGCCUAAAUCACCAGGAGAUGUUAAAGCUGGAACCAAGUGUAGCGUUGCAGGAUGGGGCACAACUAAUCCUGAAAUCCGUAAACCAUCUGAUACUCUGAGGGAAGUAACGUUGACUGUCAUUGCCAGGAAGAGAUGCAAUAGUGAAAAAUACUAUAACUAUAAUCCCUUUAUAACAAAGACCAUGUUAUGUGCUGGUGAUGCAAAAGGUAGAAAAGAUUCGUGCCAGGGUGACUCUGGUGGCCCACUCAUUUGCAAAAUCAGCAAGUUCAGAAAAAUAUAUGAAUACAGAGGCAUUGUGUCAGCAGGAGAUGGCUGUGCAAAACCCAAGAAACCUGGCAUUUAUACUCGUUUGUCUGAAAAAUAUCUGAAUUGGAUAAACAAGGUCAUAGCAGUUAGGACUCACAACAAAACAUUUCACAACCUGCUCUCAAGUUUCCGAAACGGUAAUUCAGUCUACAUCCGUCCAUGUAUAAUGGCCAUAUUGGAGAAUAUCGGGUCACAAAAAUUCUUGAAUGACAACCUGCGUUCUUUAAAAGUGAUUCUUUCGGAGAUACCUGGUGUAACGAUGUCAGCCAGGUUUGGUCAAAUGAGCCAGUUUCGAGUGGUCCUUGGAGCUCAUUCACAUUCUAAGAAGCAAAAAUGGAAAAUGACAAUUAAUGUGAAAGAAGCAUUUCCACACCCUCGGUUUGAAAUGGAAACUACAGAAAAUGACAUCAUAAAGCUUCAGCUCAAUGGCAAGGUGACUCCAAACAAGUUUGUGAAUGUCCUGAACCCACCGAACACUGGAACGGAUGUCAAAGAUGGAGACAUUUGCAAUGCUCCGGGUUGUGGGCUCACCUCAGUUGUAACUGAAAAGGUUUCAGACACUUUGCAGCAAGUGAAUGUAACUGUCGUGGACAGGAUGCUGUGUGCACAGGUGAUUCAGGGGGUCCACUGUUAUGUAAUGGAAAAUUCAAUGGAAUUGUUUCUUUUGGAUGUAGUUGUGGACAACCCCGAAAGCCUGGUGUUUACACAUGACUCUCAAAGACAUAUCAUUCCUGGAUUAAGAAAACAAUUCGAUUUUGAAAUAUUCAGUGAUAGUUUGAGAAUUAGUUGCAUUUUUAAACAUCAUAAGGUUAAGGCAGUUCUUGGAAUUGAUAUUCUGAGCAAAAAGAAAUCAGCACAAAUUAUCACAGUGAAGGAGAAAUUUCCUCACAUUCGUUUUGACAACAAAACCAAAGAAAAUGACAUCAUGCUGCUCCAACUACAGUCUGAAGCAAAACUGAACAAUUAUGUAAAACUCCUUCCUCUACCCAAAAAUGACUUGGAUAUGGGAGAUGGAACUGUCUGCUCAGUUGCUGGAUGGGGAUGGACCAAAAUAAAUUCAAAUGUGAACUCUGACCAUCUUAAAGAAGUAAAUGUAACGAUUAUAAACAGAUCAAAGUGCAACAGCCCAAAGUAUUAUAACAAGAAGCCUUUAAUAACCAUGAACAUGCUCUGUGCUGGUGACAAAAGAGGUGGAAAAGAUGCAUGCUGUGGGGACUCAGGCGGACCUCUGAUAUGUAAGGAUGUGUUCCGAGGAAUUGUGUCUUACGGGAAAAAAUGCGGACUUGCCAAAAAGCCUGGAAUUUAUACAAGGCUCACAAAGGAAUACAUGAAAUGGAUUCAGAAAAAAACAGCUUGAACCUUGUCAAGUUUUUAGGUUAUGAUGAGUUUUAUGCAUCAUUUUUAUCUUCUGUGAGUUG